AUAUAAUAUCUGAUAGAACCAGUGUCAAUUAGUCGCUAGAGUAGGUUGCGGUGGUCUCAGAAAUUUUAUAUUUACUAAAUGCAGAUUUGAAAAGAGUGAUUCCUGCCGCAACAAACAAGACAAAUCAGCACAUAAACUGAAUAGAACACAAACAUAGCCUAAAAUACGCCGCAGCUCAUCUCUGCGUCUGGUGCACAAGAAAUAGCAUCAAAAAUUCCAUUUCUCAAAGUUAUGACUUAAUGGAGCAGAUAGUGAUAUAGGAGUACCCAGUGAGAAAUAAAUGUCUUUAAUGUGCUAUAGUGAUACUGAAAGGAUGUAAUUACAAAUGACAUGUUGGAGAGAAAAUCCGGAAUUUAUUACUCCAUUGAAAAAUAAAGAUUACACUCAGCUGUAAAGUACGUUAAGCGCUACUUUGAGGAUAGCCAAAGCAUACAGGGAUGUGAUAAAAAAUUUGCAGCCAAGCCGAUAGUGAAAGUUCUGAAGAUUUGAAAGAUCCAGUGUGAAAUAACUAGUGGAGUCACAUUGAACUGCAAACUUCAUUUCAUAUAAGACUAGCUGAAGAAGGCUUGUAAUACUGAAUGUUGCCACCAGUGAAGGUUGAUCAGCAAUACACAUUAAAGAGUAGAAGGAGGGAAAGUGGAGAGCUGAUUUGCAGAGUGCAGAACACCUGAGAGUAAGGAUGAAGAUAACUCCAGUUCCUUUACUGCUGUGUUUCUCUUCCUACUUCACCAUCACAUAUCAAGUCGAUCCAAAACACAGCACAGAUAAUUGUAUUGCUUUCGAAAGCACAUAUCAUUUAAGUGGAGCAUGUGAGUGCGUAGUGUACCAGAGCUAUGGCAAAACAACGGGGACAUUUACGUCACCGAACAAUCCCCAGGCAUACCCUCCAGAGCUCAACUGUAUUCUCUACACAUUUAUCGGGGACAUAAAUGAAAUAGUUGAACUCACAUUCUAUGAAUUUGACCUGCAAAUGCCUGAUUCAAAACAGAGAUGUCAGGAUCACAUUAAGUUUUUCCUUGACCUUGAAAGGCCUGAGGUUAGUGAGAAGACCACCUGGAAUGAACAGGUGUGUGGGAACAUCUCUAUGAUACAGAGAAAGUAUUACUCCUCCGCCCGAAGUAUGGUCUUUGAGUUCCAUACAGACAACAUAAUCACUAAUAAUACAGGCUUCAGGGGAAAAUUCAAAUUUAUAGAUCAAAAACAAUUUAGAAGUGACUGUACAAAACAACACGACUCAUGUAAUUAUAUAUGCACCAGUGAAAAAAAUAAAAAAACAGGGAAAUUUUUCUCGCCACGAUAUCCACAAAAUUACCCAGAAGGCUCAGAGUGUCACUAUCAAUUUCAAGCAGGAGUCGGGGAGCGGGUGCUUCUAACAUUUCACAAUAUUCAACUUGAGGAUAUCCAUGGAAGCUGUUCCCAUAGCCCUGAUAAGGUAACAGUAAUAGAUGGAAUUACUGACAAUGACCCUGUUGUGGCUGAGUUCUGCAGGACACAUAACCAAGAAGAGAUCAGCUCCACAGGUCAAGAGAUGUAUGUAAAGUUUAGUGUAGAUGGGAAGAGGCAGAUGCAGGGUUUCUCAGCAACAUAUACAUUCAUACAAGAAGAUGAUAAACUUCCAACAACUGUCUCUCAUCCAACAAAAAUUCCAGUUGGAGGCCAUGGUAAAGCAAGCACAGAGAGUAAGGGCAUAAGCUACAACCCAGACAAACCACCAACUUUUAACCCCAACUGUCAUAUGCAGUUUUCUAGCAGUACAAGGAAGAAUGGCACAUUCGCAAGUCCCAAUUUCCCCCAGGCAUACCCAGCUGACAUCCAGUGUAGGUAUACCUUCCAGGGCAGUGGCAAGGAGAGGGUGCAGAUAUUCUUCACUGAUCUGGAUCUAUACUAUCCUCAUGGGGAUCCUAAAACUGCAAAAGAAUGUGAGGGUGUAGACUCUGUAACUGCUACUGUGUUUAUAGAUGGGGGAAAUCAAGAUAUCGGCACAUUCUGCGGGGCAAACAUGCCACCUAUGCUUAUGUCAAAUGAUGCGAGAAUGACUGUAAUUUUCAAGAGUAUGUCAACCUCAAACCCAACUAAAGGCUUUAAAGCAGUUUAUAGCUUUGUGACUAACUUUGGUAUACAGACAGGUGAACAAGACCAGCAUAUGGUGUGUGGGUUUAUAUACAAAAGUCAAAAAUCAAGAAAUGGUACUUUUACCUCUCCGAACUAUCCGGGUUUUUAUCCCCGGAACACAGAAUGUCAUUAUUAUUUCUAUGCUGGGAAGGGUGAAAAGGUCCACAUUUCGUUCCUAGUUUUCGAUGUAGAGGGUAUACCCCCAAAGUGCUCAGAGGAAUCCUUAAGUGAUUACGUUGAGUUCAGUAACUUCAACCAUAUAGUCGACAGAAAAAUGUCAAGAUAUUGUGGUAAUAGAGCGAGACCACCAAAGUUUAUAGACUCUGACGCAGAAUUUUUCAGAGUAACUUUUAAAUCUAAUCAUAUCUAUGACGGACAUGGCUUUGAGGCUUUCUACCAGUUUAGAGAAGUGCACGAUCCACUCUCCACCAGGCAGCAGAGGGGAGUAGGAUCAGGAAGCCACCAUGCUAAAGUAACCAAGUUUAUGCUCUGUUUUAUGGUCUUAUAUUAUGUGAGUCCACUCGGAUCAUUAUAAUAUAUGCAGUCACCCAUUGGGGGCAAUUGGGAUGAAAGAACUUAAUGAGACAAAAGUGAUCAAAGUGAUCGACAAGUGAUCUAUGUGACAGAAAUGGAGAAAGUGUUCAUGAACUAAUCUGUGCGAUAGAAUGGAACAAAUGUUCAAAAACUAGGAUGUUACAGAAAUGAACAAGAUGUUCGUAAACUUAUGUGUGACAGUAAUGAACAAAAUGACGCGCUCCAUUGUAACAGUUGUCCUUGUUGUGAGCCAAUGGUCAGGUACAAUGCACUGAAGAAACUUCUCUCAGAGAUUAGCACACAUAAAGGAGAAGAAAGAACUGCAAGACAUGUAGAUGUAUGCAACCAAGUUAUAUAGCAGACAGGGUGUGGCAAUUUUUAUGAUGCUGUGCAUAUCAACAUAAAAAUACUGAGAAAUUGGGGCUAAAAGGAAAUUCAUCUGGUCUUUGUGGUGUA